UUGUAAUGAAAACCAGGAAAAUUGUUUUUAAAAUUCUAAUACAAUUUUUUCCUCAAUUACAUGAAUGCAUUUUUAAAUAUGUAGAUUGUUUGCUAAAUAUAUUUUUUUUUCUUUUCAUCACAGCAUUGAGAUGGGCAUUUGACAAAAAAAAUUGAAAAAGGACUGAGGUAACAUCUGAAGGGUGAAUUGAGACUUGGAGGAAAAAAUGGUGCUUGAUUUAGAUCUCAAUAAUCUGCCUUCACCUCUUGACAAUGUGCCGCCUAUUGAUCUCAGUCUUUCCUUAGCGCUGCCUUGGGACACUAGACUGUCACAAAUACAAACGACAACCGAGCUUGAGUCUGAUGAUGAUGAAGUUGUCAUAUGCUCCCCAAGAAGCUUUGCUGAGGCUAAGGCUAGAAGGAACCGUGGGGUGAUAGCGGUGAUUGAUGCUGAAAGUGAUUUUCAAAGAGGUUGUUCAGAAUCGAGAUCGUUUCUUGGAAGCAACAACCGUCGCAGAAGAGGUUCACCAAAACAUACAAGUGUCGAUAGUGACUGCUGCGUAAACUUGGAAAACAAUGAAAAAACCAAGAGUAAAAAUGUUUCUGAAGCUCCAGGAGUGUCCCAGAGUGUUCCCCCACCAAAGGCUCCCGGCUUCAGUUGCCCAGUUUGCAUGGGCCCAUUUGUUGAAGAAACAUCAACCAAGUGCGGUCACAUUUUCUGUAAAAUGUGCAUUUAUGCGGCAAUAGCAGCUCAAAACAAAUGCCCAACCUGUAGGCGAAAAAUUAAAGUGAAAGACACCUUCAGGAUCUACCUUCCCUCCAGUGACUAAAGGAGGCUCAUAUCCUUUGGUGCCAAAUUUUGUGGUAUGGGCCUUUAUUCUUAGGAUGCUAUUGGUGGGAAGUAAACUACUAACAUUUUGGCUUCACAUUGGGGAAAGAAAAAAGGGUUGGGCAUGAAGAAGUAACUAGACUUUUUGACCCAUUUGUCUGGUUUUGGUUGUGAUAUCAUGUUUAUUGGGAUAGAGAUUUCAGCAUAGACUAUCGUCUUUUUCUUUUUCUUUUUUUUUUUUGUAAUUUCAAUUGGUCUAGACAAGUUGGCUUUCGAGUCCCUGCAUCCACAGUUUUUGAGGCUGUAGUUGCUUUUGUUAGCAAAGGCUUCUUCUAAUCAAACCUCUUAAAUUAGCUAACAAAUACAUCUUUAACUUGUGAUGUUCUUCAUUUCAACUGAAAUUUGUUUGUUAAACA